CCGCAAAAUGGAUGCCGAACCAGGAUUCCACAAGGUUAGAGCUCAAGGCGGGAGAAAGAGAGUUGGCUGGAGAUGUUUUCGAGGUUGUAAGCGAUCAGAGGUCUAAUUUCAAGUCGCGAAGGUCAGAUGAAGAGGGGCAACGACCAUGGAUUUUGUCAAGAUUGGGGGGUGAAUUGCACCAAAUACCACUUAAAUGGGGUUAUUGUUGCAGGGUUACCACUUAAACAAAAUUAGUAGCAACUAAAACAUUUAAGUCGUUCUCCGGUAGCAACAUUACCAAUUUCGUCAACGGAAGUAACGGCAGGUACCGUGAAGGUAAUUUUCAUGACACAUAGGCAGACAGGUCAGCAAGAGUUGCUAACUCAUAUCUGGGCCACACCUAGGCUUGGGCCCACUCACCAAAAUGCAGAGAAAGAAAGGGUGUGAUCGCCCGCCGACUUCUCAUCUCCCUCUCUUUUCUGUUCUGCAAUUUCAAAAAGACAAAAACCCUUCCUCCAGAAGACAAUCGUGUGACGGCAGCAAGGGGAACCGAUUAGCAAGAUCAGCUCAUACUAAACGCAUAGGGUGUGAAGAUUAGAGAUUAACAUCAUCACAUCUUCCAUUGAUUAAGGUAAGUAAAUAGUAAUAUGCAUCUGCAAGUUGUUUGAUCUUCCUCUACUCCUUGAUUCUGAUUUCUUUUUCUUUUCAUCAUGUUCUUAGGCUUUGAAAUGACAUGUUAACGAAGAUAGCUUGUUAACGAAGAUAACUUGUUGAUGGAUUGAAAUAGGUAAGUGAUUCCUAGUACUCCAGCCUCCUGAAAGACGAAAGUGCUCUGUUCUAUAGAUGAAUAUGUGGUUUGUUAUUGUUGAAUUCUGGGUUUCUUUCAACAUAUGGUUUAUUCUUGCUGAAUUUGUGGUUUGUUCUGUAAUGGCAGGUUACAUAACAGCAAGCACGUGUUCCCCUGGCUUUUAUCAACAAAAAUGAGUCCAACUAUUAGGGAAGUAGGAGAUACCGAUCUGAUACCAACAUAUGGUGAGUUGGAUUUUUGUGUUGCUGCACUUUUCAUCAUUUGAUUUCAGGUUUACUAAAACUAAAUUCGGCUUCUUUGUUUUUGUUAGGAAUCGAUGAUGACAAGUUCACCAUCGAGCUGCAUUACAAAGGAGAGGUUGUGUAUGUACUAGACGAAGACUUGUGUUAUUUUGGCGGGGAAGUUAAGUACCUGGAUUGGAUAGAUCCAUAUUGCUUGUCUUUGUUUGAACUUGACGGAUAUCUUGUUGAGUUUGGCUUCUCAGAAAGUGUCAGGAUGUUUGAGGAAUAUAGAAUGAAGAAUGGUUGGGCAUACUAUUGGAGACUACCAGGAGAAUGAUUGAAGGAAGGACUUCAAGAGCUGAGAAGUGACAAAGAAAUUAUGGACAUGGCUGCCAAGGUUAUUCAAGAUACGAAAUUUGUAGAGAUCUACUUGAUCAAUAAAGAGGAAUUAACCAAAGCUAGCCUAGCUGAAGUUCAACAUGAAAUGGCAGAGACACUAUCCAAGUCUAAUGAAACUGAAAGUGGCAGCAAGGGAAGGAUCGAGUUAGAAGAUGAUUUGGGCCGCCAAAACAAUGUUGAUUAUGUUGACAACAGGGAACCAAAUGAGUUUGACACUUAUCACCCUGCAGAGAGUGACCCGGAACAAGGUUUGGAUGCUGAUUUUGAGGGCAAUUAUGAAGAUAUGGAGGGACUAAGCAACGAUGGAGAGGGUGGCAGUCAUGAAAUAUACAUAGAUGAUGCAUUUGAUGUCCAUUCCGAGGAUGAUGUAUAUGAUUCAGACUACCUAGGAAGCAACAAUUCAGAUGAUGAAGAAGAGGUCCAGAGGGUUCCAAGUCAUCCAAGGUACCCAGAGUUCAAUUCAGAGAAGGAUAUGAGCGAUCCCCAUUUCUGUCUACAUCAAAUUUACAGGGAUUUUGAUACGUUCAAGGAUGCCGUGAAGAGCUACUCCGUAAACAGAAAACAACCACUAAAGUUUAAGCAUAAUGACAAUAAAAGGGUCCAAGUUGUGUGCCAAACAUGUUGUCCAUGGAACAUAUGGGAUGCCCCAACUGAUGAUGGAAAGGAAGUUCAGAUAAGAUCUUGUUGUCUAAAGCAUGAGGGGUGCAUCAUGAUGUUGAAGAACAAUUUUGGGGAUGCUAACUACAUAACUCGAAGGUACCUGCAGAGGUUUCAGGAUGAUCCACAAUGGGGGGUUGCGUCAAUUGUCCAAACAGUUGCAGAAGAUUAUCAUUGGACUAUUUCAAGGUGGAAAGCUUGGAGAAUUAGACGUAUUGCCUUGGAUCUUUUGAGAGGCAAUGCUAAGGAGCAGUAUCAUAAACUGCAGGACUACUGUGCUCAAGUUGUUAGGACAAGUCCUGGUUCAACCUGUUUUGUGGAAACAUCUUAGCAUUCCAAUGUCCUCAAGAGGAUGUAUUGUUGUUUACAACCUUGUAAGCUGGGGGGCUGCUUUCUGCAGAAAGGUAGUUCUUCUCGACGGAUGUUUUUUGAAAACAGACUAUGGAGGACAAUUACUCUCUGCAGUUAGCCUAGAUGGGAACGGAAAGAGUUUUCCUUUAGCAUAUGCCGCAGUCAAAGUUGAGAAUGGAGACAACUGGACUUGGUUCUUAAACCAACUGUGUUGAGACCUUAAUAUCUUCAAGGAUUCAGGAAAAUGGACAUUUAUGUCAGAUAAGCAAAAAGUAAGAAUAUUGUUAGAAUGUACUUUGUUUUAUAAUGUUGUCUUGCUGUAGAGUAAUGUGGUUUUUCAAUUACGAGGAAGCUGGUUUCUCACCUUGGGUUUCUUUUUAUGGUUUUCUGCACCAUUUGUAGCAUGGACACUUUAGUUUAUACUACUACAUUCUGAACUUUGGAUCAUUAUUUGCACAACCACUUUGUUCCUGGGUAUCGAGAUUGGUGUUCUCAUUGGGGUAAGAAGCUUUAUUGACAAUUAGCAAGACAAACUAAAAACCGAGAGCAUGGAAUGAUCAUGAAUGGUGGAAGAAGUUGUCUAUCUCACUUCUGUCUCGACUUUGAAACUGUAGGUUGGUGUGUCACUUGCUUGAUCUAUUUUGCAGCAGCUUUUAGCAUUGUUGUUAUGUAAUGGUUUUGGAUUUGAAAUUGAACAAGAAGGCUCUGGUCUAUUUUGAAGCAACAGCAAGCCAUAGUAACACUUCUAAUGGUUUUUACAUCAUUCAAAUCCACUACAUCAUUCAAAACAAGUUGCCUAACACAUUACAGUAUCCAGAACAGGUUCCACAACUCAUUACAUAAUCCACAACAGGUUCCCACCUCAUUCCUUGAUUCCAAACAGGGAAUCCAUCACACUCUUUGCCAAAAGAGCUCCAACCACAAUAAAAAAACCUUUGCUGACUUCUCGGAAAAAUGAGUUGUGAUCGUUCCUCCUCUCCACCUCUCGGAUUCUCUUGUGCAUGGCAAGAACAAGGCGCUUAAUAUUAUCUUCAAGUGGUGGAUCAAUCCAACGGAAAUAAUUACAUGCAUUUGCGCCCUACGAAUCAAGCAUGAGAAGAAUCAGAUCCAGAGUGUACAUAUUAGAAAGCUUUGAUAAAAUGAAAGCUAAGCUAAUCGUUCUAAUCUAAUCUAAUCAGCUUACCCGGUAAUUGGCGCAGCCGAAGAACCGUCUUCCGGGGUUGGCAUCGGUCCAUGAAGUUCUAAGAACCGCCGGUACCGCGCACCGGCACAGUGGACUUGCAGCCGCCAUUGUCGACCGACUUGGAGGAAGGAGGAAGUGGGCAGUGGGCAGAAAUGAAAUGUGAGAAGGGGAUUGUGAAAAAGAAGAUGGGGCAGGAAGCAUAGAUACUGCAGGAGAAGAGCGGGAUAAUGGCAAGCCCGCGCGGAAAGAAAUGAGCGGGAAGAAAAUCCAAAUAUGAGUUAGCAACUCUUGCUGACCUGUCCUGCUUAUGUGUCAUGAAAAUUACCUUCACGGUACCUAUCGUUACUUCCGUUGACGGAAAUGGUAAUGUUGCUACCGGAGAACGACUUAAAUGUUUUAGUUGCUACUAAUUCUGUUUAAGUGGUAACCCUGCAACAAUAACCCCACUUAAGUGGCAUUUGAUGCAAUUAACCCGAGAUUGGGGCUAUCGUCUGCGGUAGUGUUAGGGUUCGAGUCGAUUUGCUGGAGUAGGGGAAAAAAGAAAUUCAAUUUGGGAAAGAUAGAAGAAUCAGGAAAACACUUUACCUUUCAGCAAAUUGGAAUUGGGCUUCUCAGCGGGUGUAAUAACCGCUGGUGAAUACGCUGCCAUAGUUAUAGAUGAGAUAAUUAAAGCCCGGCAGCGGUUAAGAAAACCUCUAAAAGGAA